UUGGAAUGACAAACAAAAUGUGUCCUUUGCCAAUGUUGUGCAAUGUCACUAACCAUUGCACAAUGAGGCAACAGAAAUAUGGUUGCCUAACAAACGUAUCUUUGUUGAAAGGUCUUUGAAAUGUGAUUGGUUGGUGGACAAAUUUGAAGAGUAUAAAAGGUUCCUUGGGUCACCGGUCUUUAGGCACCAAGUUACAACCAUGGCUGCCAUGACGGUUCUCCUGGUUCUGCUGUGGCUCGGUGUCACAACAAGCUUAAAGGUCGAUCUGCAAAAGAGAGUCAUCGGGGGUCAACCAUGCAGGCAGGAUGAGCGCCGGUAUCAUGUUCUCUUAGUGAAAGAAGACAGUAAGGGCCAAAGUGUUUGUGGAGGCUCUCUACUGCGUAACGGCUGGAUCCUGACUGCAGCUCACUGCUGGGAAAGUGGACAGAAGGUUGAUGCAUAUUUAGGAUUGCACUUGGGUAACAGGGUACCAAUACGCAUACCACUGGAUACCCCUGAACAACUUAAAAUUUAUAAAGUUGAAUUCUGGUUAAACAAAGAGCAACAUGACUUGAUGCUGCUGAAGCUCCCUGACACGGCAACGAUUCCACACGGCGUGACAACGAUCCAGCUUCCUGACUGCUCACACCGGCCUAAGAUAGACGAUGAGAUGCAGAUUGCAGGUCAAGGGUCGACUUCUGGAAGCGUUUCUACCACCAGACAACCUGGCUUUACACGAGUUCUUCAGUGUGGGAAUAUUAAUAAGGUUAGCUGUAAUCGGCUCAGACAACAAAUACAAGCCGAGAACUCGUGGUACAUUCACCAACAUUGGUUCUGUGGCCAAACUCCAGGAGUGGAUCUGUGCUUUGGCGACUCUGGUGGAGGAGUUGAGUACAAAGGCAAGAUUUAUGGUGUCAAUGCUUUUACUGGAGAUAAAAAUUAUCCAUGCAGGGCACCAGUAGCAUUCAUGGAUCUCUGCCAUCAAGAGUAUCUGAGCUGGAUUGAAAAUACUAUUGGACCAGCUGCAAACCUGGUUGGAAAAUAAAUAAAAGUGAAAGCAGCUAGCAUCAGAACACUUUGCAUUGAAUAAUAUUGUCUAAUUUUAACUUUUUCUCUGGCAUUGAGAAGUCUUGCUUUCCCAGUGGUUACUGGUUUUAAACAAGUGGAGCAUUUUCAUCUUUAACUCCUUGUUGUUUAAGCUACAGUUUGAAAAAUGACAAUAAAAACAACCAAUGAAAACCUGA